UGUGUCUGUGAAGUUUCAGCUCAAAAUACCCCACGGAUCAUUUAUUAUACCAUGUUGUAAAUGCCUCUUUUUGGGUUGAAUCAAAAACACGCUGUUUUCGUGUGUCUCUUUAAAUGCAAAUGAGCUGCUGCUCCCUGCCCCCUUUCCAGAACAGGGCUGUGCCUUUACAGCUGGUGCUUCGGAUACUAUAGCAACAACAAAUCAGAACCAAUAUUACUAACACUGUAAAUACCGGAGUGUUUUUCAGCCAUUUAGCAACGAUGGAUGAGCAACACAAAAAUAUUCUGUAAUGACGUUAGCUAUGUGCUAUAACGAGACAUAACAUUUAUGGGGUUGUCUUGCAUCAUGCGAUUUGCAAACAUUCACAAAAUAUAAAGUGCGAUACUUACAUCUUCAGGAUAUAAAGCUGGAACAUGAACAGUUGGUACUGAUCCAAGCUUGAGAAUCAAAUAUUUAGAAAAGCAUGCUUGAUAUUGACCCUCAUUCACAAAGCAGUCUGGUGUAAAAUGAUUUGCUCAAACAUACACGGUAUGUUUUGGGACACAUUUGCUUCAAAAACAAAACUUGUCCACUGCGUCUUCAGUGGCUCUGAUGCCGGGAGUACAUGAAGACUCUUAUGUUCACUUUUACAGCCUACAACAGAACACUUAUGACGCUUACGAAGCUGAGACAUUAUUCUUCUCACUGUAGCUGCUCCAGCGCGGAAAAAAAUGGCGGACUGUGUGUCGAUCACUCAGGGGAGUAUCUAUGAUAAUAGGAUGGAGUCCGUCACCAGUCGUGGGCGUGGCCUGCUCUAAAGUGAUGUCACUUUAGAGCAGAUACCAAAACCAGUCAUUUUGAGACACUGUUUUUGAUUAAUAAAAAUAUAAGAAAGAGGAGUGAGUGGACUUUUAACAUUAUAGGGUGGUUGUGUACACACACUGCCGACUCACAUUUAUGUUCAAACUUCAGAUUUUGCAUAAUAGGUCCCCUUUAAAACACAAGAUUUUAAGGUUUAGUAAUCACACAAGGCCAUUUUGAGAUUUCAAUCUUAAUUCAAUUAAUGGGUAUCAUACAGAUGUCUCAAGAGUCAAAGUUGUCUACAUAUUGUGGCUAUUAUUAUCUCUGGAUUGUGCAUUUGAAUUCACAGAGUUUUUACAAUGUGUUACUAAUUAAUUAUAAAUAAGCCAUCAGUUUUUCAUAUCAGUGUUUUCGUGCUCAUAACCGAUAUGCCGAUUGUUUUAAUUUUGUAAAUAAUUGGCCGAUAAAAAUAAAUUGGUGCAUCCCUACUUUUAUGAUAUUUUUAUGGUGCUUUGCAUCCUUUUUUAAGUUUGAAAUCUCCAGUCCUGUUCAUUGUACUUGCAUGGAAAAGAUCGACAAGUACAUUCUACAAAAUUUCUCCUUUUUGUCCCCUAUAUGGGUUUAGAAUGACAUGAGGGUGAGUAAUUGAUGACAGAAUUUCAAUAUUUGGGUAAAUUUGUGCAUUAAAAUGUUCAUUUAAUAACUAAAGUCAAAUUAUUACAGUAUGUGUUGUUUUUCAGUUUAAUAUAAUUAUUGAGGCCUUCUUCAAUGUAUAAUUUCCUCGCAGUGGCGAGGAGGUGUUGCAGAGUAAAGAUGUUUCCUUCCACAUGUUGGCUUCUGCUUUCUCAGAGAUCUUUGCUCCAUAUAUAGAGUUUUCAGAGAGGCUGAAAGUUGAAGCUCUGUAUCAUCCGCACAGUGAGAAGCAGAGGAGAGAGAUGGAGAGAAAGCAGGCAGAGGAGAGUCUGUGUCUGCCACAGGACAUCGACUAUCUCACUCUGCCUGUGUCCCUCUCACAGGAGGUCCGAGAGAUGCUGGACAAAGCUCGGCCAAACACAUUGGGAGCAGACACCCAUCUGCCAGGCAUCACCCCAGCAGCCAACGUUCAUCUGCUCAACUAUGUGCACAAAGACAAACACAGGAAUUAUGGGGCAGGAAAAGACGUCAGUUGCUUUGGAUGAGGCUCAAGAAAUCGUCUUUGAGAUCCCAUAAGCAUGACCAAUGCU